AUGGCAAACACAGACGCCGAUUGUCUCCUCAUCACCAUCAGGCCUAUUCGCAACGGCCAGGUAACCCAUGACGCUGUCGUCAAGGCCUACUACGAGCGCCAGGGGACAAAGAUUAUUGAGCCAAGGUCAAGGAUCGGCCAGAAGAUCGCGAAGGCAAAGGACAAGGUCAUCACCGAAGAGCCAGACCGCGCAGCCGCGGAGGGAGACCAGGCAGCUACAGCAGGAGGCCGCUCCAAGGUUGACAGUUUCCAUCAUGCCCUUCAUCUUGUUCUUCUUGGCCCUUGA